AUGAGCUCGACGAGGAGAGAUGUAUACGGCCAGCAGCCAUCUCUCAAGCCAUCAUCGAGGUCGACAUUCAAUACCGCACACCAAACGGACAGCGAUCCUUACGCAUACGACGUACAGGUGGAUCGAGAAGAGCAAAUAUCGGUGCACUUCAACGAUGAGUUUGACGGAAGCGCAAACCCAGACAGGUCAACGUGGGACACCGAGCCCCAUGUUGAGUCGCAACGAAGAACGUCAAGACACAACUCGCGAUCAUUCGCAGGACGCGUUUCAAGGCAGAAGAGUCGGCGGCGAGAGCUUCUGGGAAGACCGGCGAAGCCUGGAAUUACUGUCGAUACGAGCUUCACAAGACAUAGAGGCACCGAACCCCACCAGGUCUUCCCCCAAGGUGGAGAGAGAGGAAGCGGGUCUGUUCGCAGGUCGCCAUGGUUUGGCUUAGGGCGAUCUUCGACCAGGAAUAAGGGCUUGGGUAUCACCAAGGGUACACCUCAACCGAACAGCACACAUCGGAAGAAGCCAAGCGUCGACCGGAAUGAUCUAGACACAGCCAUUUCGAUGACACCCGGCGGCAAGUCGUGGCAAGAAAUAUCACCUUGGGAUCGACGUAUUCCAAUCGGAAUAUCAGUGCCCACCGACAGCAUCUCCGACUUCAGCACGCUACAAGCCAACCGACCUCGCGCUGGCAGUGACGCUACUCUUGUGACACCAAGCAUUAUCAUCACUCCCGCAGCAGUGAAGUCCGUUUGGUCUCCAGAUACUCCCUUUACAGAAUCCGAUUACACGCCGAGCAUUUACUCUCGAUACCAAUCGACUUUUGCGAGCUCGAACGUUCCUCCAGUUCCAGCUCUGCCUGCUGGUAUGUCGCAGGCACCAGGCCCUAGUGCAUCCAGAGACACACAAGGAGCGACUGGCCACGCCAGGAACGAUACUUUGGAUUCAGCGGGGACUGCCUUUGAAGAAGAGGACGAUGACGCUAAAAGGAAGGAUCGUAUAAUGUCUACCAGUACCGUCUUCGAAGAGGACGAAACACCUCUAAGAGAAAGAAACGUAGAGAACUCUCUGGCUAUUGACACAUCCAUGGUACCCACCCCACGACGAUCACAAGGUUGGUGGAAUGUCAUCACAACCCCAUUUGUUAUGACACCAAAAUCUUCAACCUGGACCGAACGUGGCGGAGACCGAACACCAGACGUACCGAUGGUCCCUUUCCAGUAUGGUACCCGAAAAGCAAACGAAUCAACACCACUUCCAAACACAUCCAACACCACGGCGGCGACAGGACCCAGCGUCCCAAUGGGAGCAGAAUCGGAGAAAGCCUUAGCCUACUCGUCGCAAGAACCACCUUCUGAUCCUCAUCGCGGUGUUACGUCGCCACUUUCUACUAUGUCUGCCUCGCCAGUCGUUGGUACGGCCGCCAUCGGAACUGUCUUGAUGCCCCGUCAGGUCGAGGAGCCACGGCAGAUCAACGUCAACAUUGAACUGCAAGAUAGGCGACCGAUGCCGGACAACUAUUCCGUUCGAGCUAAUUACCCACCGCCUGCACAGAACUUGCACACGUCAGCGCCAGCACAACAAGUGAAGAGGGGAGUGUCUCCAUCCGCCAAUGCCAACAGCUCACAGCAGAGCUUGCCGGUAUUUGCGCCGCCACCCAAGUUCGCCCAGAAGGCCUCACACUGGAGCUACGAUAACGUCAGUCGUUCCAGCUCACAAGCGUCUUCACCUGAUCUCAAAUCACGAAAGAAGCAUCGCAAAGUCUGCAACAUGAUGAGCCUUUGGCCGUUUGGGAAGAAGACAAUCCAAAAGAACCAGGAUGGCACAAAGGAGAAGAAAAAGAAGCGAGGCAUCUGUUUCUGGGGCUGUUGCUGUUGUCUGGUCUUCCUCAUACUAUUGGCAAUCAUCAUCCCUCUAAUCGUGGUCCUCCUCAGGAAGGGCAACGACGACAAGCCCACGGCAACUCAGCCAAGCGCAGAUGUCGGCAACCAGUGGCUCAACCUGACCGACUACCCUCCCAUACCAACGGGCAUUUUGACUGUUGCACAACCCGAAGCUGUGGAGGAAGAAAGCGGCUGCGUUGCGCCUACGACGUUGUGGAGCUGUGCACUACCGAAAGAGCUUCAGCAGUCCAUUGAGCCUAACAAGCCCGACCAACCGAACUUCAAGAUCGAAAUCACGUUUGAGAAUGGCAGUGCGGCCGAGUUGCCAAAGUCUCAACGAGCAAAGAGGGCGGCAAAUGCAGUCUCCGCUGGUGCUUUCAUCCGGUCAUUGCUACGUGCACGUGCUGCACCUUCGCCAUCUCCUGCGCCUCCAUCGACUGCUGACAUGAGUUUUCUGGGACAGACCACUGACGGCAAUUCUGCACCGUUCGAGGGUGAGGAGACUGGCCUGUUCAUCAGCAUGCAAGAUCCCACUGUCACCGCAUCGCGACUGAUGAAGCGUGCCGAUGCGAGCGAUCCGACAAACAUCACCGCGGCGAUCCCACCACCGAUGUUGGCUUCUGACGGAACUGCCGCGCCUGCGAACUUGCUGCCUUUCCCAUCUGCGCAGCCUCUACGACUGUACAAUCGCGGAAAGGACAAUGAGCACUACGGCUUCUACAACUACUUCGACCGCUCCAUUUUCUUGAAGCAGAUUAACGGCACCAACCGUGGUGGCAAUCCUGCAGACGUCGACGGAGGGAGUGCAAAGGACGCCGCAAAACUGAGGUGUACGUACUCGCAGACACGCUUCCUGGUACAGAUCUGGACACGCAGCAAAGAAAGCAAGCCACUGCUACAGAACUCGGCCUCAGGCGCAUCAGACGUGUUCAAGCGGCCAGGCACCUUCCCUUACCCAGUCACUGUCACUAUGGACCGUCACGGCGGCGACCCAUCGAAAAAGAACCUUUAUUGCUACGAAAUGGAGGACGACGGCUCCAUCAAAGACGAAGAGUCGAAAAAGUCGUUCCAGUUUGAAGACCGCGGGUUCGGAGGCAACCUUGUCAAGGGCACGCAGGGACAAGGAAGUGUCAGCGGACCCAUCGACGGUGGGACUGGCGGCUGCCGAUGCCAGUGGCAGAACUGGUUGAGUUAA